CCGAAAAAGUUUUGAAACUACGCUAAAUUUUGUGUCGUCCAUCAGCCGCUGACGUUUCGCAGUGGAAUCCGUAAAAGUUCCGGUUAAAAUGCGCAUUCUGAGGACGCUGUAAGCAAAUACAAACCAGCGACGGUGACGGUGGCGGCUUCGGCGGGUAGUGAACGGGGGUAAAAAGGAAGAAAAGGGCAAGCUCCGGAACGCGAGAUGGAUUCGGACGACGGAAGCACUAAAACGAAGGGCCGUGGCCGUGGGCGCGGUUCCCGGGGUGGGACGCGCGGUCGGACUCGGGGCGGGCGGGGCCGGGGUCGUGGCAAGAAGGCCGCAUCGCGUGUGAUUUCCUCCGACGAGGAGGAAGAGGAAGUGGGUUCGCCGGAGCCGGAACGCGAGCUGGAAGAACCGGCGGAGAUUGCGUCGCCACCGAAGGGCGGGGAGGGUGAGGGGGUUGGCGAACCCGCUCCGGCGGACAAGGAGAUGGCGGUUGAUGAACCGACGGCGGUGGCCAGCAGUGGCCCGAUCGUGAUCGACAUGGAGGCGGACAUUUCCCAGCUUGAGGCACCGACGUUUACGACGAUCACGCGCGGUCCGCCGGAACCGAUGUUGAGAUUAAACUGGGACCACAAGGUCAACCUGAUCGGCGAGAAGGUCCUCAAUCCGAUGAUCUACAUCUGUGACCAGUGCGACAAGCCGAUCCUCAUCUACGGCCGGAUGAUUCCGUGCAAGCAUGUGUUCUGUCUGCGGUGCGCCCGCUCGGAAAACCUCAAGAUCUGUCCGCGCUGCAAGGAGAAGGCGGUUCGCGUCGAACAAACCGGCCUCGGAACGGUCUUCAUGUGCACCCACGGUGGAACCCGCUACGGCAGCAGCGGAUGUCGCCGAACGUACCUCUCCCAGCGGGACCUGCAAGCGCACAUCAACCAUCGUCACGUGACCGUUCCGCCGCAACCGGUUCCGCCACCGCCGCCGCAGCAGAUUCCCCAGGCGUCGUCCCAGGGCGGGCCACAGUCGCAGCUGGAUGCGAAGAAUGCGGCCGCCGUCGUCGGUUCGCCGGUGCGCAAAAACUCGUGCGAGCAGAUGAACUCACCGCGGGCGACCGCCGGAGGAAGGGGCGGCGUGGACCAGGGCCCGUUGCCGUUGAACUACGUUACGAGCGCGUACGGGUCGUCCAGUUCGGCCACCCAACUGAUCCACAACAUGUCAAUCAGCCCGCAGACGGCGCACCUGUCCGGCAGCAGAUCGAGCUACUCCCAGCAGCAAUCGUCCCCGCAACACUCGAACUCAUCCACCGCCGCCGGCACCUCCUCCUCGUCCUCCUCGUGGGGACAACAAUCGUCGCAGUACUACCGAUAAUAAAUUGUGUUUUUUUUGGUAGCUCUUCGAAACAGCGAGACGACGAUAUUAUUAAGAAAAGUUGAUCAGAACAAGUGCAGCAGAUUUAGGGAGGGAGAGAGAUCUACUAAAAUCGUGGUUUUUAGUAGGAACAACAACAAUUGUAACAACUUCAUAAAUAAGACUACAAUAAAUUCAUUUGCAUACAGUUUGUAGUAUUUAUGUUAUAAGAUAAAACGAGAAGCGUGGAAAAUAAAUACAAUUUUUAGAAAAGUCUAACCUACCUAG